AUGUANUAUCUCUAUUCUAGACAUCAUUUGUAAAGAGCGAAUAUUUGCUGGCAGUAGUAAUAAACUAAUUAUUUACUUGCAGGAUAUAAUAAUUUCUAUUAAUUUAAGAAGCAACCAAAAAUUGAUUUAUAUAGAGUAUAUUUUUAUUUGGUUGGAUAGGAUAUUGGCUUUGGUCAAAAGCUGGAAAAUUUAGUUUGGUUAAUGAAUGCACUAUUUUUUGUUCGCUUAAACCAUUAAUAUUUUAAAUAACCGAAAUUCAAUGUGCUUAGGAAUUUUUUAUUAAAGGAUAUAAAGUAAAUACUUUAAUCAAAUAUCAAAGAAAAUUGAAGGAUUUAAAUUAAUCAAUUUAUCUAUCAAACAAAACUUAAAAUAAUCAUAAGUUCUAUUGA